CAGCUGUUUAGCCUUGCGUUUUACUUUUAAGUUGCUGGUCGGAAAAAUUAUUUUACGAAAAUGUCGGUUAUAUUAAGACAUAAACUGCCCACGCAAUGGCUUUUAAAGCAAAUUUGUUACAGCACCAGCGCCAAAUCGAGCAACGAUGCGGCAAGUGCCAAAACAAUACCGAAAAAUUUGCUCGAGGAUAAGCAAACGGCGAAUUUGCAAAAGGAAAACGGCGCCAUAUUCGAUAAGCGCCCAUUUAAACUGCACUUGGACAAAGACAAAACCUACAGCUGGUGCCUGUGCGGUAAAUCAAAAUCUCAGCCGUUGUGCGAUGGAACGCACAAAAACGAAUUUCUUAAAAUUAAACUGAGGCCCAUACGCUUCAAGGUGGAGAAGACGGGCGAUUAUUGGCUCUGCAACUGUAAACACACCACGCAUCGUCCCUUCUGCGAUGGCACCCACAAGCAGCAGCACAUCCAAGACGCCGUUAAAUAAUUUUCAAAAUACAUAAAUAGAACUUUU